AUGAUCUUAAUACAUUUAACCCUUUUUAGCAAAUGCCCUUCUUCUCCUGAUAGAAAUAAAAGUGCAUUAAUAAUGGAAUGGUUGCAGGAAAGGUUUUCCUACAGUCCAGGUUCACUAUAUUUUACUUAUGAUAAAGGAUAUAGAUUUCUCAGCUUUGAUUGCAAUACUUUAAUUGCUCUUUUAUAUUUUCAUUUUCAUUACACAGGUGCUGAAGGCUUCCCGAAACUUUGUCCUCAUAAAACUGAUUUAAAACUUGCUCCUUAUUAA